AUGUUUUCUUUAUUCCCAUGUCUCUCACAGCUCUUCUUUUCUAUUGCCAAGCUGUUUACUUCCAGAGUCCAUUACAAAAAAGGAAUAUUUCUGACCUUGUCUAUCUUUGGUUGUCAAACAACUUUUUCGUUUUUGUGUGUCUGUCUGUGUGUGUGUCUCUCUCUCUCUUCUCCCCUUCUCCUUCUCUUCUUCUCCCCUUCUCUUCUUCUCCCCUUCUCUUCUUCUCCCCUUCUCUUCUUCUCUCCUUCUCUUCUUCUCUUCUUCUCUCCUUCUCUUCUUCUCUCCUUCUCCUCCUCUUCUCCCCUUCUCUUCCUCUUCUCCCCUUCUCUCUCUUCUUCUCCCCUUCUCUCUCUUCUUCUCCCCUUCUACAUCUCUUCUUCUCCCUUCUACAUCUCUUCUCUCCCCUUCUCCUUCUACAUCUCUUCUCCUCCUCCUUCUUCUCCCAUCUCUCUCUCCUCCUCCUUCUACAUCUCUCUCUUCUCCUCCUCCUUCUACAUCUCUUCUCCUCCUCCUUCUACAUCUCUCUUCCUCCUCCUCCUUCUACAUCUCUUCUCCUCCUCCUUCUACAUCUCUUCUCCUCCUCCUUCUACAUCUCUUCUCCUCCUCCUUCUACAUCUCUUCUCCUCCUCCUUCUACAUCUCUUCUCCUCCUCCUUCUACAUCUCUUCUGUCAAGUAGUCAAAUAUAUACAUUUUUUUUUAUUUUAUUUUUUUAUUUAUUUUUUUUUCUUUUUUUUUUUUUUUUUAUUUUUUUUUUUUCUUCUUUUUUUUUUUUUUUCUUUUCUUUUUUCUUCUUUUUUUCUUUUCUUUUUUCUUUUUUUUCUUUUUUUCUUUUCUUUUUUCUUCUUUUUUUCAUUUUUCUUCUUUUUUUUUUUUUCUUUCUUCUUUUUUUCUUUCUUUUUUUUUUUCUUUUUUUUUUUUUUUUUUUUCUCUUUUCUUCUUCUUUUCUCUUCUCUUUUCUUCUUUUUCUUUUCUUUUCUCUUUCUCUUUUCUCUUUUCUCUUUUCUCUCUUCUCUUUUCUCUUUUCUCUUUUCUCUUUUCUUUUUUUUCUCUUUUCUCUCUUCUCUUUUCUCUCUUCUCUUUUCUCUCUUCUCUUUUCUCUCUUCUCUUUUCUCUCUUCUCUUUUCUCUCUUCUCUUUUCUCUCUUCUCUUUUCUCUCUUCUCUUUUCUCUCUUCUCUUUUCUCUCUUCUCUUUCUCUUUCUCUUUUCUCUUUUCUCUUUCUUUUUUCUCUUCUCUUUUCUCUUUCUUUUUUCUCUCUUCUCUUUUCUCUCUUCUCUUUUUUCUCUUUUUUCUCUUCUCUUUUCUCUCUUCUCUUUUCUCUUCUCUUUCUCUUCUUCUUUUUCUCUUUUCUUUUCUCUCUUCUCUUUUCUCUCUUCUCUUUUUCUCUUCUCUUUUCUCUUUUUUUUCUCUUUCUUUUUCUCUCUUCUCUUUUUUAAACUAA